GGGCGGGGUCUCCCAACUUUCGGCGGCGGCCGCGGGGCCCGUCCCGCCGGCGGCAAUGAUCCCUGCGGCGGGGCGGGGGGGGCGGCAGCGCCGGCCAGGGCGAGCCCCCGCCGCCAUGCCCAAGGAACGGCCGCUCUGGCGGGGCCCGGCCUUCCGCCUCUGCCUGCUCUCGGCCGCCCUCUUCCUCUGCCUCCAGCUGGGCAUGAGGCGAUCAUGGUGCCCGGAGGAGAAGCCCCGGGCAGCGGCGGCGGUGGCGGGACGGUCGCCCCCGCCGUCCCGCGGCACUGAGCGGCAGGCGGCGGCGGCAGCGGCGGGCAGGCGGCGGGUCACCUACGUGCGGAGCGGGCGGCGGGGCAGCGCCGGGCCCGCCUGCUGCCCCCUGCAGCCCCCGGGCGGCCGCCGCAGGAAGACUGUAAGAUGGCACAUUGAACUACAGCCAUGGGCAAGUCCAACUCCUUCCCUCAACUAUGAGGCCUUGAGGUUCCUGAAGUACAUUAGCACUUCUCAGAUUUCAUGUGAACACAUGAACCUGAGCAGCCUGAAAGGGUACUCUGAAACCACAAAGAAGCCCUGGUCGAUCUGUCUUGACGAGAGGUUUAGCCUCAUUCAUCGAAUCAGAAGCAAGCAAUGCCGUCUCUAUUCCCUUGGGUUAGGCAACGAUGACAACCAGUUUGAGAUCAGCAUGGCCAACAAUGGAUGUGAGGUGCAUCGCUUUGACCCCAGCAUCAAGUCAGCACACAUUCAUGAGGGUCAGCACCUCUGGUAUCAUCGCCUGUCCAUUGACUGGAGGGAUCCCAAUCCAGCCAUUGCUCCUCAUAAACUUCACAGCAACACAAAGAAGCUGGGCACAAUAUUGAAUGAAUUUGGACAUCAGAAGAUUGAUGUCCUCAAGGCAGAUGUGGAGAGCGCUGAGUGGAAAAUUUUGGAAAACCUGAUCCUGGAAGAUGUUGUUGAGCAGAUAGGACAGCUGGUCAUUGAGGUACACAUCCACUGGCCUGGGUUUGAGGUCAGCGGCAACGACAGCACCGUGGUGCGGUACUGGUACAGUCUGCUCCGAGAACUGGAGCUGAAGGACUUCAGGCUUUUCCAUACCUACAAAGACUUAUCAAAACCACAGAUGUUUCUGAAAAAGGAAGCCUUCAACGCCAGUAGCUGUUACACACUAAGCUGGGUAAAUACAAGAUGGAAAUAGCAGAAAGGAAUUUAUGAUGUGUGACUGCGAGCCAUCUGGCCCCGUAGCGUUAUUGAAGGGGACUUUGGCAUCACUGGCUAAAGUUGCUAAAUAUGCACACAGUGACUGCUAACAAAAUGGACUGCCUUUUUAUUUUUAUACGUUGUCAAAAGAACUGGCACUAGCAGAAGAUACAUGGCGCAAAUGUAUUGUACAGCAAUAUAUUUGCCAACGGGUACACCCUCUCAGAGGACAGUGGUUUCUGUAAAGGUUUGGCUGGAGUGGCUAACAGCGUGGCUUUCCCAGGCUGCCUCGUGCCUGAGCGUGCCAGCGCAGAGGGCGUCCCUGGAGCUGCCCUGGGAAGCAGGUGCCUUUUUCAGGAAGGGUCAAGUGUUACUUCUCUUCGUAAAAUGAUCUUUGGUUUGCACCUUCUUUACUUUGGCUUUGUUUCCCGUGGAACAAAUUUUAGGCAAGAACAGGAUGUUCUUCAGCCCACAGGCAAAUUUCAGCUGAAUUUGUCGGAGGCAGAAAUCACCAGCAAAUUAAAUUCCUACCUGUUUCGUUGAGUGGCUUCUGAGUGCUCUGCCUUUGGCUCUUUACGUCAGCCUGGCUGUGGGAAGCGAGUUCAGCGCUUCUGACACAGGAGGCGGUGGGACAGAGAGACUCAGCUGCUGGAAAAUCUGCCACAAGUGCUCCCCCUCCUCACCCUCCGGAGGCUUCAGCCCCACCAGACAGGGCUUCCCUAGUUCAUCCGCUCAAAGAAUGGCUUAUUUUAAAUUACUCUUGCAACAGCUGUAGCAAAUGGUUUUUCAUAAAAUACCUAUUUAAAAGA